AUGGAAGACAAUCGAGAGUCCAGUCACGAUUCAGUGGAGAUUCUCGAACAACAACCAGCGAAACGCAGGAGGAUAGCCCUGGCAUGCGGCUCCUGCCGAGAUCGCAAAACACGCUGCGACGGCCAGAAGCCCGUAUGCGGACCUUGCACAAAGCGCGGCAAUGCCGAUAGUGAAUGUGCGUAUGCGGUCCUGGCUGGCAGUGCGAAACGACAGAGCGAACAGGAAUAUAUUUCUUGCCUGCAGCAAGAAAUACGGGAUCUUAGACAAGCGCUUACGAGUCGUCAGAACCGUGAAAGCGCUCCUCUGGUACCUCAGAUUCGCACAACUGCCUUUUCAGUAAGUCCAGGGCGUGCACCAGCUCCUACCUCGACACUGCCACAAUCGUUACAAAGUGCCCACCAAUAUGACCCUCGUCGGAUUCCCGCGCCUCAGGAUGGCUCAACGUAUCCAGACCCAUCAUCGAUCUUGCCAUACAGUGUUCAGGGCGACGCCUCACCGCUGCCUGUUCUAUCGAACCCGCAAUCAUCCACGCAUCCCGUCGCGGACGUGAAUCCUCGGUCGGAUGUUGGGUCAAAACGACAAACAACGUCCUCAAGGCACGGAGUGAGCCCAAGAGUAGAGUCGGCUGCCCAAAAUACAGAGAUGACUCCCGUGAACGCCAUGGGUGCAGCAACCUCCAUUUGGUCGUCAUCGUCUCGUAAUAGGGAGUUUUUUGGCCAGUCAUCUAUCGUAUCUCUACUAGAACAAGUAGCACAUCCUGUUCUACAAGCAAGCUCUUACGCUGCUGAGUCGACUUCGGCUAGGAGUGACAUACCGGCACCGCGACGAGGUCUUGGUGACAGAGCUAAUGAACCCACGCUUCGUUUCGAUGGUCGAGAGGGCUCGUUGAGUGGUCUGCUCGGAGCACAAUACUCGUUGCCCCCUCGAGAUGUUGCAGACGAACUAUUCAAUAAUUACUAUGCCAACGUCCAUAUAUUUUACCCUUGGACGCAUCCAGCCCGUGUGCGUAAGACUUAUGAAAGUAUCUGGGCAUUACAGGACAAUCAACCUCAAGAACCAGCGGAAAGCUUCGAAGUUGGCCUGGGAAGUCCUUGCCCACAGCGCAUAUUCUUCUUGGCGCUGAAUGCCAUGUUUGCACUAGGAUUGCAAUUCUCACGGUUUGACGCUGCAGAGAAGGAGGAUGCAUCCAAAAUGUUCUACAGACGAAUGGAGGAACUUGUCAACAUGGAGCUUGUCGGCGGUAACAGCUUGGCACACGUGCAAGCGUUUUUGCUUGUUGGCCAAUACCUAUUGUGUACACAAUAUCCAUCACGCUGCUGGAAUGUGUCGGGCCUUGCCUGCCGGAUGGCCAUGGGCCUUGGGCUACAGACCAAGACAUAUCCGGAGGGUCUUCUGCCCAUCGAAGUCGAAAUCAGGCGGCGUGUGUGGUACGGCUGCGCCCAGAUGGACAUGUUUAUAAGUAUGAUGCUAGGCCGCAAGCCUUCUACAAGUAUGAACCUUGAGGUUCCAUUACCCACUCCUGUGGACGAUGAGGUGCUGGAGAGAGUUGGCAGCCCUAAUUCUCACACCAAGGAUGACCCAUCUAUCAAUGCUUUCAUGGUAGAAAAUAUUAGACUCACACGAAUUCUCGGCAAUAUACUAGAUGUCCUAUACGAAACCACACCAAAGGACCCAAACCGCCACUUACCUUUGCGGUUGCAAGGCAGUGACCUGAAUUGCGAAGACUUUAAUGCAAUUGCCUCGUUGGACGGUCAAUUAAACAGAUUUACCAAAGAGCUUCCUGCCUUUCUCCAACAAAAUGAGUUCGAACCUAUGCAAUCGAGGGACAGAAGACUCGUUCGCCAAACUGAAGUCCUACAUGCGCGGUAUGUGGUCUUCCCUAACACCCGGCACCGAUGA